AACUCUCCAUUUUCUCCCACCCCUCUUCAGCUAACCACUUCAAUAAGAUUUACUAUUACAACUCUCCCUAUAGACUUCAGCUACGGCAUUUUCCUCCGAUCGCCGCCACUGACCAGACUUAUCCACCGCCGCCGCCGCCGCCGCAGAAGCAGCAGCGGCCGUCCAAGUCCGGCCAAUAAAAGGAAGUUAUCCAUCGUCGUGUGCUCUGCAGUUACCGUAGCACUAGCCAUUGCAAAUCGCGUGCUUUACAAACUCGCCCUUGUUCCAAUGAAGGAAUUCCCCUUCUUUCUCGCUCAGCUCACCACUUUUGGGUAUGUUGCUAUAUACUUCUCUAUCCUUUUUAUGAGAUACAGAGCUGGUAUCGCUACCGAUGAAAUGCUGUCGUUUCCGAAAAUACCCUUUAUAAUCAUUGGUUUGCUAGAAGCUCUUGGAGUUGUUUCCGGGAUGUAUUCUGGAGCCAUGCUUCCUGGGCCAGCUAUACCUAUACUAAAUCAGACAUUUUUGCUAUGGCAACUAGCCUUUUCUAUGCUGAUACUGGGAAGGACUUACUCUUUGAACCGAUUUGCUGGAUCAUUUCUUGUUGCUGCUGGAGUCGUAUUGGCAGUUACAAGUGGAUCAGAACACGAUCAAUUACUCUCGGGUGUUGAAUUUGUGUGGCCUGCAAUGAUGAUAGCCUCGAGUGCAUUUCAAGCAGUUGCUUCUAUUCUCAAGGAAUCUGUUUUCCUUGAUGCUGCAACUCGCCUCAAGGGAAAGCUGAUAGACAUAUUUGUCGUCAAUUCCUUUGGAUCUGGAUUUCAGGCCCUUUUCGUGCUUCUAUUCUUGCCGUUUUUGUCAAACUUGAAGGGUAUACCGUUAUCCGAAUUCCCUUCAUACUUGAAAAGUGGGGCCGCGUGCUUUUUUAAUAUUGGAGCAAAUACAACAGGAUGUGACGGGUCCCCAACGCUUCCACUCCUUUACAUAAUAACAAAUAUAGCUUUCAACAUAUCAGUCCUCAAUCUCUUGAAAUAUUCAUCCGCCGUUGUUUCCUCCCUAGCUGUGAUGUCAUCAGUACCAAUUUCGAUCUAUAUACUUUCCCUUCCACUACCGUACCUUCCGGAAGGUGCCAACUUGAGCCCCUUCUUCGUCUUGGGUAGCGCGGUUCUUAUGGUGGGACUCAUCGUAUACAAUUUCUCGUGGCCUGUCAAGCAAGACUCGGAUAUCUCGUAAACUAGGGGAGUUAUUCAGAUCCUUCUUCUUUGUUUAUCUGCAUUACUCUCCUUCAGGGGGUUUUUUUU